GCAUGGCAACAAGAAUUAGGGUUUUUUCUUUUUUUUUUUGUUUGUGUAUAAAGCGCAGCGGCGGCAGGCGGCGGCGAGCUCGUAUUUUUCGUUAGGGUUUUUGUAAGAUCAACCCUCUCGCCUCUGCAAAAAAUGACUAAGCGAACGAAGAAGGCUGGAAUUGUUGGCAAAUAUGGUACCAGAUAUGGUGCUAGUUUGCGUAAACAAAUCAAGAAGAUGGAGGUUUCACAGCAUGCAAAGUAUUUCUGUGAGUUCUGUGGAAAGUUUGCUGUGAAAAGAAAAGCGGUUGGAAUUUGGGGUUGCAAAGAUUGUGGGAAGGUCAAGGCUGGUGGCGCUUAUACUUUGAACACGGCCAGUGCUGUGACUGUGAGGAGCACCAUCCGCCGACUGAGGGAGCAAACUGAAUCGUAAUGCACGACAUGUAGCUUCGACUUGUAAAAGCUAUUGAGGCAGGUUUGCCUGUUGCUUAGCUAUGAAAUUUGAGUGUUAGAUUUGAGAAUGGAUGCUUGAAAUCUAAGGGUUUGUUUUUGUUUGAUUAUUGUAGGCUUAUCUUUUAUGGGAAAAUUUAAAUCUUUUCUGUUUA